AUGGACGCUCCGGGUGACAAGGUCGGUAAGGGCCUGGCGACAGACACUCCGCCAUCCGAUGAAAGGCCCAGUAGUGCAGUGAAACCACCAAAGGGACGUUAUGGCAUGGGGACCAUCCUAUCUUUGUUGGUCGCCGUGUCGCUUGUCGCGCUUGGCUUGCGGGCCAAGUACCACCACGCCGGCGCCGGCGACGACCAUGAUUCACAGACAUACUGCUACACUGGCGUACAGACGCUCCACAGCGACCAGCCCGUCGCGCAGUGCUUCACCGUCGCCAACGGCCUCUUCACCGCAGUCACAUCCGGUAGCGAGCCAGAGCUAAAACGACGCAGCAGCGAGGACACCACCACCGCGGCCGUCGAUGGUUUCGUCAUCCCAGGCCUGUGGGACGGCCACGGUCACCUGGUCGACUAUGGCGAGAUGCUGGUCAACGUCGACCUCUUUGGCGUCGCGACGCUCGACGACAUGCGCGCGCGCCUUCGGGACCACGUCGCGCAGCAUCCCGGGUCCGGCACCAAGGAGCGCUGGCUGCGCGGCAUUGGCUGGGACCAGACCGACUUUGGCCGCAUGCCUACCGCUGCCGACAUUGAAGAGGACCCCGCGCUCCGCGGCAUCUACCUCUUCGUCGACCGCAUCGACGGGCACUGCGCGCUCGUCUCCCAGGCCGUGCUGGACCUGCUGCCGGACCCGAUCCCGGACGUCCCCGGCGGUGAGGUCGUCCGCGACCCGCCCGGCCUGGGCGUCUUCUGCGACAACGCGCUCGGCAUGAUCCUCGCGCACUACCCCAAGCCCGACGACGCCACCAAGACGAGGUACGUCAAGGCGGCCAUGCGCGCGCUCAACGCCGUCGGCCUCGUGGGCAUGCACAAUGCCGGCACGGACCCGGCCACCGUGGACCUGCUCCGGAGUCUGGCGGGCGGCGACGACUGGACGGUGCGCGUGUACGCGAUGCGGGAGUGCGCGGCGCGGAAUACCUUUUGCGCCGCCGACGCGACCAGGGUGGAGCGGGACGACGGGCUCCUCAACGUCCGCAGCGUGAAGCUCUUUGCAGACGGCGCCCUGGGAAGCUGGGGUGCUGCCAUGCUCGAGCCCUACGCCGACGACCCCUCGACCACGGGCUCCCUGCUCAUCGACGAGACGGCCCUCGCGGCCGUCACCAAGCAGUGGGCCGCGGCCGGCUUCCAGGUCAACAUCCACGCCAUCGGCGACCGCGCCAACCGCGCCGCCAUUGACGCCUUCGAGGCCGCUCUGCGCCAAGAAUGCGGCCCCUCUGCCAAUCUGGCGACCUGCGAGCACAACCGCCGCUUCCGCAUCGAGCACGCGCAAAUCAUCACCCCCGAGGACCAGCAGCGCCUGCACUCGCUGCGCGUCAUCCCGUCCAUCCAGCCCACGCACGCCACCUCCGACAUGCGGUACGCGGCCGCGCGGCUCGGCGCCGAGCGCACCAGCCGCGCCGCGUACCGGAUGCGGUCGUUUCUGGACCUGCAGCCCGUGCUGGGCAGCGAUUUCCCCGUGGAGCCGCCGAAUCCGUUUCAUGGGAUGUACGCGGCCGUGGCGCGCAAGUCGCCCGCGACGGGCCUCGGGAGAGACGAGGAUGGUGGCAAGGGGUGGCAUACGGAGGAGGCGCUGACGCUGGAGCAGGCGCUGUGGGGGUUUACGGGAGCGCCGGCGUACGGAGGAUUCCUGGAGGGCAAGGCUGGGCAGAUUCGGGAGGGCGCGUAUGCGGAUUGGGUGGUGCUGGAUGAGCCGUUCGACGGACAAGGGUUUGACGUGGAGAGCUUGCGGACGUUAAAGGUGAGGGAGACGUGGGUGGCUGGAAAGCGCGUGUACAAGAGAGAUGAUUGA